GUCGAACUGUCGAUUGUCUGCAUUUGGCACUUUUGGCAGAGAAACUUUCUUAAAAAAUGAAAACAAAUAUUUGAAAAACUUUCUCAAAGAAAAAAGAAUCUGACCAAUGUGCUUAUGGCGAAAAUGCCUAAUAAAUAUAUGAAUUGAUUGACUACCAGUGGAUAUCAGUUUAUUUCAAUUAGUGACAUAGGUAGGUGACAAAUCCCAGUAAUCGUUCACCAGACUUCCACAUAGCAGGGGGAAGUGAGAAUUUAUAUGCAAAAUAAAAGACGUGGAUCCUUUUUCAAGUUCCAAGUGAAAUCAAAUUGGGCAUGUCACGAAAACCAAAUAGUGCCACUGCUAGGCUAAAACAGGAUUAUCUCAGGCUGAAAAGAGAUCCUGUUCCCUACAUAACUGCAGAACCACUGCCUUCAAAUAUCCUUCAAUGGCAUUAUGUUGUAAGUGGACCAGAAAAUUCACCAUAUGAAGGAGGAUAUUACCAUGGAAAAUUGGUCUUUCCUAGAGAAUUCCCAUUCAAACCUCCAUCAAUCUACAUGAUUACACCAAAUGGUCGUUUCAAAACAAAUAAAAAAUUAUGUUUGAGCAUAUCAGAUUUUCAUCCAGAUACUUGGAAUCCUGCAUGGAGUGUGUCAACUAUUUUAACAGGUCUUUUGAGUUUUAUGUUGGAAAAGAGUCCAACUUUGGGCAGUAUUGAAACAACAGAUUUUGAUAAGAGGCAGUUUGCUUAUCAAUCAUUGGAAUUCAAUUUGAAAGAUAGGCAGUUCUCCGAUUUAUUUCCUGAAACUGUAGAAGCAAUACAGGCGGAAAUCGCUAAGAGGAAUGCAACCCAAAAUGUGGCAUUGGAAAACCAAAAGUCCCUGCAAACAGCCUCCCAGCCAAGUAGUUUACAAUCAUGUAUUACCAAUUUAUGUGUUAUCAUUGGAUUCGCAGCCUUUGCUUUCACUGUCAAAUAUGUGAUGAAAACAACGGCUUACGAAACAGAAUGAUGAAUGUAUGAUUAUUUUAUUAGAGGGUCAAAUGUGGGAAACUAUUCAAUGAACAAUUUUGAUAUUCUUGGUCUAUUAUUAGAUCUAUCUGUGUAAAUAAUGGCUUUAGAAAUACGUUUAUCGACUCAUCAGGAGCUCAUUAUGUAAUUAUGUAUAGAUAUAAAAUUGAGUUCUCAGAGUCCUCUCUGUUUGGGAGCAAUUGAGAAAUCGAUCAGAUUUUGUAAUCAAAAGUAAUGCAGAUUUGAAAAUCUAAUUUGAAAAUUGCGGUAUGCUUCAAAGAUUUCGUAGCAAAUAUUAUAAACACUAUGGAAAACUGGCCCAAACGAGUUCAUUCAAUUUUCUUAUAGUUGACGUAAACAUGCAAUGGCGGAUUUCGAUUCAAGACGCAAACAUAAUUUUUUUCGUGAAAACCUCUUGCUGUUUCUUCUGUGAAGUUUACUAGUCGAAAUGACUAAAUUAUAAUCAUUUGUCAAUUCAUCGUCAUAUCAUUAAGAAUAAUUAUAUCGGAAUUCAAUUGUCAUUACUGAAUCUACUGAUUAUUUGUUCCG